CCCUGCGGGCGCCUCCCGGCCCAGCGGGGGCGGUGGGACCCCGCAGAGGCACCGUCCGUCAAGCACAGGGAGGGGCGGGGCGCAGAGCCGCGCGGCGUGCUCCCCCAUUGGGUAAGAGAGGAGCGCAGGGCGCGCGGGGAUCGCUCCGAUUGGUCAGCGUUAAGGAGCAGGGUAUAAAAGGGCAGCGCGGAGGCGCCCCUGAGGACUGUCCUCUUCGCACGUCUGAAGCGUGGACGGCAUUUUGUUGGUGAUGCAGAGAGGGGUAGACGAGCCGCUUGUUGCCUCUUCUCCCUUCUGGGCGCUGCUGGCCUUGCUGCGGCGGGAGCCCGGUAUGGGAUGGCUGCCAUGCGGCCUGGGUGGCUGCAGAGGAUCGAGGGGUGCCGGUGGAGUGGACGCUGCCAGCAGGGAGGGAGCUGCAGGUGAACUCAGCCAGGUUCCUGAGAAGCAUCCCUUGGGCCCUUGGCCCCUGAAGUCUCUGCUGUUACUGGAGGACUCAAGAGAUAGCUGCUUAUGGCAGGUCUACUAUGAGGGCCUGAAGAAUUUCCUUGCCUUUAGAGAAGGCAUGUUUCUGUCUGCAGUCUGGCCAAUUCCAGUGGAUCAAGUGAGAGAGUUCUUGGUCGUCAUGGAGUCCCAGGAUCUGCCUCCCACAAAAAUAAUAAUGUAUAUGGAGGGACUGUCCUUCAUCUCCAGAAUGGUAGAUCUUCCUGAUCCACUUCAAGAUCCUGUUAUCUGCCACAUGAUAUCAAGGUUGAAACAUAGGACUGGUCCUUCAAAUGAUAAAUACUCUCCUGUAACCAUUGAAGUGUUAAGGUCUCUCCUGGGGACUCUGGAAUCUGUGUGUAGCUGUCCCUAUGAGUGCAUAUUGUUCCGUGCCAUGUUUACUGUAGCUUUUUUUGGUGCACUCCGUAUAGAAGAGAUGGUGGCAAAUCACCAAAAUACAGCACAGCCGGAGCUGCUGUACCUGAGUGACCUCCAGCUGACUGAAGGGAGUGCCAACCUUUGCUUGCAUACAUCUCAUAUGGGCCAGGAGAGGUUUUUGAUCCAACUGAGAUUAUCUAGAGAGAUGUGGGUAUGUCCUGUUGAAGCUCUCCGUAUCUAUGUGGCAGCACGGCCGCAAGGAGAGGGCCCUCUCUUUGUGCACUCUGACAGUAUGGCUGUGACAAAAAGGGAGUUCCUAACCAUCUUCCGCUGUGCUCUUGGGCUUGUUGGACUUCCUCCAAACCAGUAUGGUGUGCAUUCCUUCUGGUUGGGGACUGCUGUAACAGCAGUAUCUCACGGGUAUUCUGAUGAAGCUGUUAAGAGAAUAGCAAGGUGGUGGUGAAGAUCCUGAAGAAGACCUGGUUCCGUCUAUCUUUCACAGUAAAGGGGUAUCUUCUGCAAUGCAGAAAUCUUGUGCUUUAUACAGAAUAAACUUUUGGUGCUCUGUAAAGUUACAGAGAAGGGGAGUAACUAGUACAAGGUGACUUUUCCCACCUGGGACAGUUUU